UUAAUUUAUUAAAACCCAAAAAAAAUCUGCGAUCGAAUGUGAAAAUAUAUUAAAGUUUUAAAAGCUCAGCGCCGACUCUUCAAAAUGGCGAUGUUUGAUAAGCAUUUGAGAAACAUUACGAAUGCGAUUUCAGUAGAAGUAGAGACUAGAAGUUAUUUGGAAAAAGAUUUCGAAUUGAUACGAAUUUAUCUAAUGAGCAUGUUGCAAAACGAUUCAAUAAUAGGUCCUGUGCUCAUAGAAAAUUCGAAUUAUCAAGCCAGUAAUUUCAAUUGUUCGAUAGUACUGGAUUUUUCUCGUUUCAUGCCUCUUGGUGUCGUUCAAACACCAUACCCAUCCUUUAUUAAAAUUGCCCAGCGUGGACGUAACAGAAUAAUUGGCAUACAUGAUUUACCAUUUCUUGGUAAUGGUGGAAAUAUUGCCGGCGGCAAUGUAACCCAUAUGGUAAAAUGUUUAAUUGCACAAGGCUUAGAUUUUAGUGGAUAUUUUGUGCGUGGUCAUAUGGGCGAUAUUUACGAAUUGGAAUUGAUGGAUGAAACAAAAAACUUGAAUUACAGUUAUAUCGACUGUGAUAAUGAAUGGCAAAAUAACUACAUUAUACUAAAUGCCACCACUGAAGAAAUUACAAUGAAAAUACGUUUCCGUGUAUUACUAAAAAUUUGUGCCAGCAACAAACCCGCAAUGCCACAUCCAACGCAUUAUUUAAAAAAGAUUUGGUUAGCUGCAGCAGACGUUCAGUAUAUGGAAUACUUUUCAUUGUGUGCGCCCUCAACUGAACGCGAAUUGGCAUCAUCUCCGUCGUAUUUGCUUGCAAUGCGAUUAUUAGUGUCACUGAUAAAACGCAGUAAACUACACACAUUAAAGAAAAGUCACGUGGAAUCGAUUAGCUAUGAGUCGAUUUAUUCGAAAGAAAAGGCAGGAUCAGAUAAAUCUAAGGAGACUGUGAUUGAUGUUCUAAUUGCUAUUUUACAACGUAUGAUAGAAUAUCUCGGCAAGAAUCGGUUUCCAUAUUAUUGGAACACUAAUGAAAAUCUGGUACUUCUAUUAAAAAAUUAUGCAAAUAGAUUAUAUACGUGCAAUCGUUUGACGAAAUUGUUGGAGCAUAUACGUGAAAUGCGACAAAACCAAGAAGUAUCCUAUGAAGAGAUUGAAUUAUUCUUCGGUGUACAGGUAAACUCGCAUUUAUACAAUGUCGACGAUUUCGGAAUUUACAGAAGUUUCAUCAAACAUUCAUAAGUGGCUUUACAAAUAAAACUGAAUUAUUCAAUUGAUCUGAACAGUCAUAUCGUCCCCUUUGUGCUAACCUCGUAUCUACAAAAUCAUAAUUUUCAGUAAAUCGAUAAAAAUGUUUACGAGUUACUUAACUUCUAUGAAAAGUUAUAACUUAUUUGAUACGAUACUUAUAGUAUAUACGAGGUUUUUGAAUUCGAACACGUAGACACGAGAAAAAUCGAAACGCUCUGAAAAAUAUUAUAUAAUCAUUAUGAACAUUGUAUGUUUUGUUUUACGUAACAGGAGUGCUAAGGAGUGUUUUUCACUAAAAAUUUCAAUUUCGAAAAAAAUGAAGUUACGAGGUUAACACAGAAAGGGGACGAUAUAAUGGUUUGUUUUACAUGUUCUUGCCUAUUCUGCGUUAUUUUCGAAAAAUUAAAAAAAAGCAAUGAAGUUAUAUA